AUGUAUACCAGAGGAACCUACUGCCGUGGAAGGCGAGACUCUCUUUUCCUGCCUCUUUCACGGGCUCCUCGGCGUACUCUCUCUCCCGGCCUGAAUGUAACCCAAGCUUCCUACUGUCUAGGGAAUGUCUGUGCUUUCUGGGCAGGCCUCUCUAAACGACUCCUAGAAUAUGCGUGGCUCUUCCUGAGAGCCCACGCCCGGCCCGCGGCCGCAAUAUAUGCCUCCCCCGAUGUACGACCAACAAGUCCUGCAGGGGCAUCAGCAUCGGCAGGUUCACAGGGGAAUGUAUGCCCCCAGGAGCAGAUCAGAGGAGUCUCUCCUGAGGCCCUGCGCCCUCAAAGGAUCCCGCUAAAAGCGCGGACGGUGCGAGCGCAACUCAAGUGUAUGGCCACCUUUGCAGCGGUACGAGUUUUUAAGCAGCGCCUAGGCUCUCGGAGCAAAGGGGUUCCCUCGAAGGAGGGCCUACGGAGUGCAGGAGGAACUGACGGAGACGCCCUUAAAGUUGCCACAACUCCUCACUCAGAGAAAAGACUGCCUUCUCAUUUUCCUCUGGACAAGACCAGCAGUCCUAAUAUAAUGUCCGGCGGAAGAGCAUUCAUCAACAGCAGCAAGAAAGCAGCAGCAACGAGGCAGUGCCAAGCAGCGUUCGCCCUCUGUUACACAGAACUUCUGCGACUCGUCAGAAAAGAGGUACACGCCGCCUUCAGCCCAUCUUCGGGGGUAGUGUGUCCAGCCGCCGGAGCAACUGCGAGGGUCCCAGGGAGCGCACUGGUUGCUCAGCGAAGUCGGGGGCUCUUGCAGGAGCUGCGGCAAGUGGCAAUAAAGGCCGAGAGCGAGGCACCGCAGGCGUGGCCUCGGUGGUCUCGUCCUCGUGUAGCUGCUUCGUCUGUUGCACGCCCCCUUUCCCGAGGGGGCACUCCCAACGGGCGAAGUCGCCGCGCCGUGUCAUUUCCGUCGGGCCGAGUUAAGAUAAACGGGUUUACGGGGACCCCCUUCCUGGGAGGCCGCCGAUUGGAUGGCUGCCUUAGAGCAACCCCUCCGUGUCACCCCCGGCCGUGCGGAGAUGCGGGCGGAGAAACCACCUUUGGUAGUGUAGGGGAGUCUACUGACGACCCCUUCGCUAUAAUCUGUUGGCAACAGUCAGUCACAUGA